AUGUUUGUGCUACCGCCACCUCCACGAUACCCGACGCAGGCGGCAUACAAUGCCGCCGUUGCUGCUGGCCAUGCGGCCCCUAUGAUUGAGACAAACAAUAUCCUGUCCAAUCCUGAAGACCAGUUUCUUGCUGGAGAAGGCACCUAUAUUCUCAAGGAGGAUAUGUUGCUCGCGACCCCGCCGCCACAUCCGUCAGAAGCGCCCGUGAUCAACCCGAAUCCGCUCGCGACAACCCCUCAACCAGCUUCUACUGGCACUAAACUGUCCCUGGUGAACCUCGAGCACAAAUCACCGCCAGCGGCAUUUUACAAGUUCAUGGCCGAUUCUACAAUCUCAUCGACCAUCGCUGAGCACCCCAAUGAAGGAAGAUACUCCGGUGAGGCUAAGAUCAGCAGCGAUGGCUCUCUUCGAGCUGCGGGAUCCACGAGCGACGCCGGACGGCCAGCUCAGCUGCACGGGAUGUCGACACCAGCAUUUGGCGACGGCAAUGCACUCCUCAUUCCGGAGAAAACCAAAGACCUCAACAAGCGCCGCAAGCCGAAGAACAACAUGACUAAGAGCAAUUCGUCCUUCAUUUCGCGAGUAAUCAUCAACGAGAGCAUUACCAAGAAGCUUGCAGAACGGCCAUCUGAUGGUGUCUUUGCUUUCACAAAUGUGAAUCGUGCUUUCCAAUGGCUUGACAUCACUUCCGCCACCAAAGCCGACUACCUCACCAAGAUUCUCUUCACGAAAGCCCACUGCCUCAGCCACGAUGUGAACAUGGUCACAAAGUCGUCUACUCAUAUAGAUGUCAUCAUGGGCUUCUCCACGGGUGAGAUCAUCUGGUGGGAGCCCAUCUCUCAGAGAUACACGCGUCUCAAUAAGAAUGGCGUCAUCAAUAAAACUCCAGUAUCGCAAAUCCGCUGGAUUCCAGGUGCCGAAAACCUGUUCAUGGCAGCGCAUAUGGACGGCUCGCUUGUGGUGUACGACAAGGAGAAGGAAGACGCCAUCUUCAAUCCUGACGAGGAGAGACUCCUAGAGGCCAAUGGCGAGGAAGCAUCCAUUCAGGCGCCUCAGUUCAAGCGGGCAAUCCAGAUUCAGAAAUCUAUCCACUCCAAGAACCAGAAAACAAACCCUUCUGCUGUCUGGAAGUUGUCGAACCAGCGCAUCAACGCGUUUGCAUUCUCACCCGACAAUCGCCACCUUGCAGUAGUUAAGGAGGACGGAACGCUGCGUAUAAUUGAUUAUCUCAAAGAAGAGCUCCUCGGCAUCUACAAUGCCUACUAUGGUGGCCUCACAUGCGUGUGUUGGUCGCCAGAUGGCAAGUAUGUCUUGACUGGAGGCCAGGACGACCUCAUUUCCAUAUGGUGCCCAUCAGAAGGUACAAUCAUAGCACGAUGCCAAGGACAUCAGUCGUGGGUGACCGCCGUGGAAUUUGACCCUUGGCGAUGUGACGAGAAGAACUAUCGCUUCGGCAGCGUGGGUGAGGACUGUCGACUUUGCCUCUGGGACUUCAACGUCGGCAUGUUGCACCGGCCAAAGGCGACCGCACGGCACCGGGAAUCCAUCUCGUCCAAGUUCACAACCCUGCAACGCGCAGAGACUCAAGGAACUAAUGGCAGUCGAGACCGUUCCGGAUCAAUCGCAACAGCGAACGGAGACGACGAGGAUGACAACUCAAUCGACCAUCCUGUCGAGCCUCGCGCGCGCAUUGCGAUAUUGCCGCCAGUCAUGACAAAGGCAGCCGACAAGGAUCCGCUGAGCUGGUUGGCGUUCACAGAGGACUCCAUCAUGACAAGCUGUGCCAAGGGUCACAUUCGAACGUGGAACAGACCUACAGAGCCACCGACACAGGCUUGA